AUGGACGACGAUAGGCCUAGAAAAUUGCCUAAGCUUGGCCACGACGACGAGACUACCCAAUCAGAGCUCGGACCUGCUAUGACUGGUGCCGUACAAGAUGCGCAAGAAUCCGCGAAUACGGCCGUGUCUACGAUUGAAGACGCGAACCCGAAACAGUCAGAGCCACAAAAUGCCAACGCCGAAUCAAGCACUGCCGCAGCUGCACCGGCCGAAGGCACAGAGGAUGCCGCACCGAAAAUGUCCAAGAAUCAACUAAAGAAGCUCCUCAAGAGAGAGAAAUGGGAGAAUGAACGCGACCUACGCCGGCUCCAGCGGAGAGAAAAGAUGGCCGACAAAAAAGUGCGCCGACAAGCGAUGGUCGAACAAGCUCGGGCGACGGGUGGUGAGGAGGCAGUGAAGGAAUUGCGCAAGGGCUGGGAGGGUCUACGGGCCAAGCACAGAAAGUCGACUCUACUGCCUUUUACAAUUAUCAUUGACUGCGGCUACGACGAACUUAUGAACCCCAAAGAGCGCGUCUCCCUGUCAUCGCAAUUGACACGUUCCUACUCGGAGAACACUCGCGCAAAAUGGCGGUCGAAUCUAAUGUUCAGCUCUUUCGACAAACUUCUCAAGGAUCGUUUCGACAACGUGCUCCCGGCGCACAAGAACUGGAAGGGAGUCAAGAUCAUCCAGGAUGAUUUCAUGGUUGCUGCUGAAAUGGCAAAGGGUUUCAUGGGUCCUCCCCGGGGUGGAAGGCUAGCUGGUCCUUUUGCUGGAAUGACCGAUGCUAAACCUGAGGAUGGAGAAAUUAUCUACCUCAGCAGUGACAGCGACAAUACAUUGACUGAGCUCAAGCCAUACGAUACUUAUAUCAUUGGUGGACUGGUGGAUAAGAAUCGACACAAGGCCGUUUGCUACAAGAGCGCCAUGGCGAAGGGUAUUAAGACGGCGAAGCUUCCCAUUGGCGAUUACAUCCAAAUGGCAUCUCGUUCGGUGUUGACAACCAAUCAUGUCGUGGAUAUUAUGCUGAAGUGGUUGGAGCUGGGUGACUGGGGAGAGGCUUUCAUGAAGGUCCUGCCGCAGAGGAAAGGAGGAAAGUUGCUUACUGGCUCUAACGAGGCUGGAGAUGGCGAUGAGGCGGAGGAAGAGCCUGAAGAUGAACAUGAGAAUGAGGAGGAUCAGAUCGCAGCUGUUGAGGCUGCUGCCGAAGAGGGAUGUGAGGAAGUGGAAGAGAAUUCAUGA